AAUACUUAUUGUUGUUUUCUGAAACCAUUUCUAACUAAAAUUGUAUGAUUUAGCCAUGUUUUAACGAACCUCUACUGAAGAUGUUUCGAGUUGAUUAUGUGGGCAACGGUCCUUACCUGAGUUGUGCUUCGUCUGUUGUUCAUCACCGGCUAUCUUCAAGCGACCGGUUCCUGGUGCUGUCCUCAGACGGGCUUUACCAAUAUUUCAACAAUGAAGAGGUAGUUGUCCAUGUCACCUGGUUCCUGGAAAAUGUUCCCGAAGGCGAUCCUGCAAAAUACCUUGUAGCAGAGCUUCUAUUCCGUGCCGCAAAAAAUGAAUGGAAUGGAUUUUCAUGAAUUGCUGGAUAUUCCUCAUGGAGAUCGUCGUAAAUAUCAUGACGAUGUUUCUGUUAUGGUCGUUUCCUUGGAGGGAAGGAUUUGGAGAUCAUCC